GAUAAAGUAGUGCCGGCAGCACCAGCUCAGAGGACACAGACGGAGCUGCAUUGAUUGAUCUUUAGUGUUGUGUGUGUAUGCGAGUGUAUGGAUAAAAACUAAUUAGUGCGAUGCAUUGGCACCACUUAGCACUGUUGGUCCUGCUCGUGGGAUAUUCGAGCUCCGGCGCGGCCCAGCAGCAGCAGAAGCAAGCGGCCGAAAGCAAAGCUGCGGCGGCCAAAACAGAGGAGGCCUCAAAAGCGCCCGCCGACGAGAAGGUGUGGGCGCAGGACAACGACUUGUACGUGGAUGACGAAGACGACGAGGACGACGACGACUGGGCCGCCGACGAGGGCUCAGGACACAGCCCCAAGAAGGGAGGCGGCAGCGCUUCUGGCCGCAGGAGGGAAGAGGAGGCCAGCGGCUCCGGCGCAGGUCCCAUAGGCGGAAAGUCACCCAUCGAUGAUGACGAUGAUGAUGACGAAGAAGAAGUUGCCGGCUCUGGCCAAGCUCCGUUAGUUCCAAAGUUCAGUGACCCUCCCAGAAAGAAGCCAACAGAGAACAAGCCUGAGGAGCCAAAGGUCAACAAAGAGGACAACAAACAGAGCACGUUUGAGAUUGAUCCUAUUCCCGGAGGAGAGGGCGAGCCACCAGUGUAUCCACCAGAGACGCCCGACCUUGACAAGGAAGUCACAAUGAACAAGCCAGAGGACAGAGCUACCUCGUUUUUUGCCCAGCCGGGUAUUCUGGCAGCUGUUAUUGGAGGUGCAGUGGUUGGUCUAUUGUGUGCCAUCCUUGUGGUGAUGUUCAUCGUUUACCGGAUGAGGAAGAAAGACGAAGGCUCGUACGCGCUGGACGAGCCAAAGCGUUCGCCGACCAUCAACUCGUACACGAAGAACUCAAAUCGGGAGUUUUAUGCUUGAGCAGAAAUUUUUCUUUCCUCGGCACCAAGACUUUUAUACACACAUACACACCUAAGAACUGCAGGUUCUUUAUUUUGAGAGAUCAGUGCACAAAACGGCAAGCAGUUUUUUGGUAACAAGAAAAAAAUGUAAAUCAUCGUUAAUUAAUUCUCUAAAUGGAGUAGACAGGCAGUUUCUUACAUGAUGCUAUUAUUAUUAUUACGAUUAUAAUUGAAAAUCAAUUAUUAUCCACGAGAGAGCAGCGUAACACGAUAAAGAAAAAUAAUUAUUAGCUGAUGUGCGUGACUGCGAGUGAGAAGAUAUUUAUAACAGUGUGUAUGACUGAAUCGCCAUAUUAUCGAUGUAAGGUUUAUUACUGCAGCAAUUGGCGGGCGUCGGGAGGCUCUAUCUCUUACACACUCUGUUUGCGCGCCUCUUCCCAUCCAACUCAUGAAGUUUUUUUUUUAUUCUUCCAUCAACCCAGAGCGCUGCUUUACGCCUCCCGGCCGCCCGGAAGCAUCUAUCAGAUGGAAAGGGCUCUCUGACAGAGGGGCAGGUACGCAAAAGAUUCAAGCGAAUGUGAUAAAGUCGAGCCCUUUCCAUCGCCAACUCUCAAAAAUCUCUUCUUAGGCCUGCUGCUGGCACCGAGCUAAACUCGCUUGACCAAAUGAGGAGGGAAUCAAAAAACGACGAGAGCAAUAAUGAACGAGAGAGAAAAAAUUUGCUAAAUCAGAAAGCUUGCGAGUUUGGCUCUGCUGACAUUCCUCAAAGGCCAACUUGUGCCACAUCUUUAUUUAUUAUUGUUAAGUUGGUUUGGGUGAGGCUCAACCGUUUGUUGCUCGGAAAGGCAGGAUCUGUUCAGUCCCACUCAAACGGCAAUAAGUGUAAUUGUAACCAACUGAAAACAUAUUACGCGUCUCUCAGCCAAAGUACGCUGGACGAUGAUUAGAACUUUUUUGAUAAGAAAAGUAACGAGAAUAUUGUGUCAUGAAAUCAAACGACGUUUUUUUUCCUCAUGGGUAUAAAUGUAACAAGAUAUAUAUCUUCGACAAAUCCG